UGUCCCCCAGCCCCCGGCCUCCCUUCUUCAGCCUUCAGCCUCCCUGUCUUCCUCCCUUCACAACUUUUUUCUUUUCUUUCUCUUAUCUUUCUAUUUCCUUUUUCUUUUCUUUCCUUAUAUUUUUUCCCUUCCUUUCCUUUUCCCUUUCCUUUUCCCUUUCCUUUUUCCCUUUCCUUUCCCCUUUCCUUUUUCCUUUCCUUUCUUCUUCUCUUAUCUCUUCCCUCUUCUCUCCUUUCCUUCCUAAUUUCUCUCCCCCUUUCAGCUCCUUGUUCUUUUUGCUCAGCCUCUUUCCCUUCUUUUCCCCUUUUCCUCCUUCUCCUUCCUCUUUCCCUCCCCUUUCCUUUUCCCUUUCCCAUUUCCCUUCCCUUUCCCCCUGCCCUCCCCUCCCUUCCCCCGACCCCCCCGGCCCCCCCCGGCGAGGGGCGGUUCGGGGCAGGGCUCCCGGCCCCGGUCCCGGCCCGGCCCAGCCCCGCCGCAGCGGCACAGCGGGGCGGGCGGCCGCCGCGGCGCUCCCUCCCUCCCGCACCGAGCCCCGGGACACCGGCACCCCGGGACACCGGCACCCCGAGACACCGGCACCCCGACACCGGCACCCCGGGACACCGGCAUCCCCGCGGCCGGUACCCACCCACCCCCGGCAUCCCCGGACCCGCGGAGCCCCGGAGCGCGGCCGCCGGGCGCCAUGGCCCCGUGCCCCCGCUGACGCCGCCCCCACCACCUCGGGGUGCUCCCACCCGUCCCCCUCACCGCCGCCAUGGGUGACUCCUACACCGCCGCCUUCCCCAGCGCCCCGGGGCUGCUCUCGCCCUCGGCCAGCCCCCAGGCAUCGCCCGGCCCCUACGGCCCCGACUACGGCCCCUUCGGCCACCCCUUCCCGGCACCCACCGGUGCCCAGGAGGUGCUGGGUGCCCCCGUAGUGGUGACGGCCAAGGGGCACCCACCGGGCGACUGCCUGCCGGGCGUCUACCCCUCGCUGGAAAUGCCACAUCCCUACGGUUCCUGGUACAAGGGUGGCAUCGGCGGGGGGCUGCCGGGGGGCUCGGGGCCGGCAGCACCCUCCUGGUGGGACGUGCACCCCAACGGGGGCUGGCUGGGGGGGCCGGCGGGCGCCGAGGGGCUGCAGGGCUCGCUGCAGGGCCAGCCCACCCUCAGCCCCCCGCUUCCCACUUACGGCUCCGAUUUCGGGGCUCUCAACCCCCCGCCGUACACCAGUAACCCCGCCGCACCCCCUACCCCUAAAACCAACCCGGGCGAAACCCCUAAGGGACCACGCGGCGGUUCGUUAGGGGGUCGUCCGGCCUGCGAUUGUCCUAAUUGCCAAGAGUUGGAGCGUUUGGGGGGUCCGGGAGGAUCCCGACGAAAGCCGGUUCAUAGCUGCCACAUUCCGGGCUGCGGGAAGGUGUACGGCAAAGCCUCCCACCUGAAAGCCCACCUGCGCUGGCACACGGGCGAACGCCCCUUCGUCUGCAACUGGCUUUUCUGCGGCAAACGUUUCACCCGUUCCGACGAGCUGGAACGGCACGUCCGUACCCACACGCGAGAGAAAAAAUUCACGUGUCUCCUUUGCAGCAAGCGUUUUACCCGCAGCGAUCAUCUCAGCAAGCAUCAGAAGACCCACGCUGAAGCCGGCCCCCCAAAACCGACCCCCGCCGCUACCGGGGAGCAGCCCCCCGCUUCUCCUCGGCAGCCUCCGGCUUCUCCCGGUAAAGAUGCCGGUAGCCCCGAGGCAGGCAGUUUGUUGGAGAUUUGAGCCUUCAUCCUCCGUCUUCAUCCUCCUCUGCGCCGCUGGGGAUAUUUAUUACGGGGUGCUGCCCCCCCCCCCCCCCAAAACCCCGCAUUCCCCCCGCCCCGGGGCUGGUGGCAGCUCCUCGUUAGCGAUUAUAAUUUAUGUCUUAAAUUAUGGGGGGGCUCUCCGAGUGCUCUGGGGCUCACUGGGGGGUGGGGUGUUGAGGUGAGACCCCUCCUCUUUCUUCCCCACCCCCCCCCAAUCUUCUCGCCCCCGAAACCUCGCCGGUCGCCGCGCGCCCCCGCACAGAGCUCAGGGACAGGGUUCACCCCUUCUCCUCCGGCCUCGUUAGCACGCCCGGUUCGUUAGGCGCUAAUGUAACGUACCACACACCCCCCUUUUUUUAGCUGGCUGCCCCCCCCCCAAAAAAAAGUAAUAAAGGGAUUGCUAA